AGACGCUAAAACCCUAAACCAUGAGACGAGCUCUUUCUCUGUGCUCCCGCAAUUUCCAUCUCUCUCAAAACUUCAAAUCAAAUCCGAAUUAUUUCAACAAUAGCAGCAGUAAAAUCAUUCAUCGCCCAGUUGUUCCGUCAAAGAUUAGAUUCUUCUCUUCAUCAGAAAAUGAUUCUUCAUCGAAUCAGAACACCCCUGAACCAAGCCCUCAGCUGGAGACUAGCUUGAAUGAAUCCACCGAAAAAGAGGUCUCCCUCAAUGUUGAAGAGGUCUCCCUCAAUGUUGAAGAUGUCAACAAUAAAGAGUUGAAGCUGCGGAUUGAGGAGUAUUUCAACAAAGGCAACGAGGAGGCGCUUCCGUCAAUUCUUGAAGCAAUUUUAAAGAGGAAAUUGACGGGAAAGCAUGAACAUACAGAUGAUGAGUUGUUGGAGGAGAUGCAGAUGAAACCCCUGGAUGGUGUAAAUGAUGAAGAGUUUGAAUCAGAUUUCGAGGAAGGUCACAGCACUGAUGAAGAUAUUGAGGAUUUGUAUGACGCAACAGAUAUUGUGAAAAGGAAAAUGGUGACUGAUAAGUUCUUCAACAUGGAUGACAGGAAGUGGGAUGAUAUGAUAAAAGAGGCUACUGAGCAUGGGCAUCUUAAGGAUACAAGAGAGUGUGAGGAAAUUUUACAGGAGAUGCUUAGCUGGGAUAAAAUUUUACCUGAUGAAAUUAAGAAGAAGGUGGAAGUCAAGUUUGAUGAGAUAGGUGAAAGGGUUGAAAAAGGUGAGAUUACCCCUGAAGAAGGCUAUGCAUUGUUCAAGGAGUUUGAAGAUGGGGUGGUCGUGGAGUGCGCAAAACUGAUGGAGAAGGAUGCUCCACAGUUUGAUGGGACUACUUUGCCAGAUGACAAAAAGGAUUUGGAUGAUCCACCAGGUGAAGGUCCAGUUCUCAGAUGGCUAACAAGAGUGGUCUUUGCUCCUGGGGGUGAUGCAUGGCAUCCAAAAAACAGGAAAGUCAAAUUGGCUGUUACAGUGAAAGAGUUGGGUCUGUCGAAGCAUCAAUUUCGUCGCUUAAGAGAAUUGGUCGGAAAACGCUACCAUCCUGGGAGAGAUGAGCUUACUAUAACUAGUGAAAGAUUUGAACACCGCGAGGAGAAUAGGAAGGACUGCCUGAGGACUCUAUUUGCUCUUAUUGAAGAGGCUGGAAAAGCUAACAAAAUUGUAGAGGAUGUUCGAACCUCGUAUGUGAAGCAGAGACUCAAAGCAAAUCCUGCAUUCAUGGAAAGGCUGCAUGCAAAAACCAUGAAAUUGAAAGAAUCUAGCUUGCUGCAUGCAUGACAAUAAGCUGUUUGCAGCUGGCAUUUUCUUGUAGAAGAUAAACACAAGGUUAUUGAUGUGCCUUCUCAUUGACAUUUCAAAACAUUUUUCAACAUUCACAAUUAGUACAGGUUUGCAAGGGGGCAUUCUUACAUGGUCUGGUGCAAAAGAGUUACCACUUACUUUUGGUGGCACUGCUAUGUAUUAGCUACCCUUGUUCUCAAAGCAUAUGAAGAAGAUUAGGAUGACAAGGGUCAAAGACGACAGGAAACCAUGUCAAGAGAUGACCGUUUUUACUUUAACUGCUGCUUCUCAUCCAUCCCCUGCUGAAAGAGGAUGAAAAUAACUGCUGUCUCUUCUUUGAGAGUAGUCAAAUUACAAACUUUACCCUUUCAAGCUGCUUUUGCUAUCUUAGUUCUAGUCCAUUGUCUUAAAAGUCCUAUAAGUUGUCUGCUAAGCAAGGUUGGUAGUGUGUGAACCGUGACACUU